GGACGAGGAGGAGGAGGAAGAGGAGGAGGGCGAGGAAAAAAGAGGAGCCAGUCUCUGGCCGCGGGAGAGAAGAAUGGGAGUAAGGGGCAAAAGAGAUCCAAGGAGUGUCACGGCUUCUGGAAAGACUGGGCGCUCCGAGAUUCGCUUCUGGGGCUUCUGAAUCCGGGAGGGCUUGGCAAGAUCGCAGUGAGCUGGCGAGCCUGGGCACGAUAACUGCAGAGACUGGGGCAUGGAGAGGAACAGCUCGGGCGGAGCGAAGCUGAGUGCCAGCCACCGCCUGGCAGGGGAUGGGCAGCAGCAGACCCUGAAGUCCUGUGCCCUGGGCAGCGCGGGCGGCGGCGGCGGUGGCGGCGCUGGUAGCGCCCCUCGGGGCCAAGUUGGGGCGGCGGCGGAUCUCGGGGAGCUUCUCCAGAGAGCCCAGGAUUUCAAGAACCAGGGAGCGCAGUGCUACAAGGACAAGAAAUUCCGCGAAGCCAUCGGCAAAUACCACCGGGCGCUUCUGGAGCUCAAGGGAUUGCUGCCUGCCCUGGAGGAGCGGGACAAGGACACCCAGGCACCUUCCACCGCCUACGGGGCCAAGCUGGGCCACCUAACCGAGGAGCAGAGCAAGACGGUGGAAGCCGUAGAGAUCGACUGUUACAACAGUCUGGCAGCCUGUCUGCUCCAAGCUGAGCUGGUGAAUUAUGAGAGAGUCAAGGAAUAUUGUCUCAAAGUUCUGAAAAAAGAAGGGGAAAAUUUUAAAGCCCUCUACCGGUCAGGAGUGGCUUUCUACCAUCUGGGAGAUUAUGACAAGGCUCUCUACUACCUGAAAGAAGCAAGGUCCCGGCAACCAACAGAUACCAAUGUGAUACGGUAUAUCCAACUGACAGAGAUGAAACUCAGCAGAUGUUCCCAGAGAGAGAAAGAAGCCUUGUAACCAGGAAGCUUCCUUCAGAGAUGGACCCAUGGUGGACAUUUCCCCUUUCUGGGUUUGGUCCCUUUCCUGCACCUCUCCUCCCAUCUUCCUUCAGAAACCCCCUUAACUCUUUGUCUACUUCAGAGAGAGUACAUAUGUAGUACAUACUACAGAGAGAGAGAGAGAGAGAGAGAGAGAGAGAGAGAGAGAGAGAGAAGCCAUCUUGGAACCUGGCCAGUUGCCAGAAAAUGGCCAAACCCUGCUCCCCUGAUUCAAAGAAGCCUGAAGAGGUUUAUUUCAGAGCAAAAAAGGCACAGUUGGUGGUUUCUACUGCCAAGAUCAUGCUUCGAAGGCAAUUCAUCUUAAAGACAAUCUUGAGUCUGUAAGCUUGUCCCUUCUAAUCGUCUCCCUGAUGGACUAAGCCAUCCCUGCCCAGUCCUAACAGAUAUAUCUGGAAGAUGGGUGCAGAAAGAGCUGGAGACUCCAACCCCCUCUUAGAGGGAUGUAGAUGUGUAUACUGUUUUCCUCUCCCUCCCAUACUCUUGUUCUUGGCUCCUAUUGCAUUCUGUGUGCCCCAAAUCCCAAAUCUCCUUUAGGGGUUCUAGGACUCUGUUACAAGCUCAUCUGCCACUGAAGCCCCCACUCAAAUGCAUUAUCAGUGAACUUAUAUCCCAUUCUCACAUAGCAAUUCUGAUGCCAGAAAGAGCCGAUAUGGGAAAGUUAAGGCAAGGGAAGGGUAGGCUCUUUAGUGGGAAGAGAACAGUGAUGAAAAAGCUGAAAAAGCUUUUAAUAAAUCAGGGGAUAAAACUAUGAACUAAUUAAGUGCAAAUAAAAAUAAAUUAAUGGGUUAUAAGUUCUGUCAUUUCUUUUUGGAAUAGCAACCCCCAAACAUUUUUCCUACCCCUUACCCACCCCAUACAUUGAAUCAAGGAUGUACUCAUAUAGCAUCGAAUGCCCUUCAAAGCAGCUGACCAUUUGCUUAGUGCCCUGUGGAGUUGCUUAUACUCUAUACUGUGUGUCCUUUGCGGAGGUGUCUACCCCAAGCAUGUGUACUCUCAAUCCAAUCCAACAAGCAUUCAUAUAAAGCACCUACUAUGUUCUAGGACUGUUUUAGGUGCUGGGGAUACAAAGACAAAAUAAUAAUAAUAGUCCCUGCCUUCAAGGAGCUUGCAUUCUUCCCUUCCUUAACCUAAGUGUAACCUAGUCAAGGGUGGGUAGAAAGACUUCAGUUGAGUGCUGAAUUCACUUUUGCAUAGCUAGAAUCAUUAGGAAGUUUUCUCUUAUUUUGAGACAAAAUCUAUCUCCUUGCUACUUCUGCCCAUGGAGCACUGAUCCUGGGCCAAACAGAGCAAAUUGAAUCUGUCUUCCACAUAAUAAUCCCUCAAUAUCCACCACUAAGUUUAGUCUUUUCUAGGCUUAAUAUCCUAAGUAUCCUCAUCAUCCUGGUUGUCCUAUAAGCAUUUUACUUUUUGAACCCUGCUUUCCUUAAAACAGGGUAUUCAGAGCUGGGCUCAAUAUUCCAGAUGUGUUUUGAACAGGACUGAGCACAAUGACAUGCUUCCUUCUUACAUCUGGACAUCAUGCCCUAAGGUGGUGGUAGUUUUUCCAACAGCCAAAGCACACUGCUGACUACUAUGGCACUUGUAGUCUAUUAAAAAUUACCAAGUCUUUGUCACAUGAAUUGCUUUGUCAGUUUAUUUUCCUCACCUUGUACUUGUACAGUUGGUUUUUCUGAACUCAAUGUCAAGAUUAUUCCAAACCAAUGAAAUCAUUUUGGAUGUCAUAUCCUAGAUCUCAUGAUCCUACCCAGCUCAAGGACAACCAUUUCAUAAAACUUGCUAAUGACACUGAUAUUAGUUCUGUUUUCCCAAAUCAUCCUUAUCAUUAGCCAGUCUCUCAGUUCUCAAACAUUUUGGUCUCAGGACAUCUUUAUCUUCUUAGAAAUUAUUGAAGACCCCAAAGAACUUUUCUUUCUAUGGGUUCUAGCUAUUGUUAUUUACUGUAUUAAAAUAGUAAUAAUAGAUAAAAGUUUAAAAUAUUUAUUCAUUAAAAUAGUAAUAAGCCCAUUACACAUUAACAUAAAUGACAAAUUUUUAUGAAAAAUACUAUUUUCCAAAACAAAAAAAAAUUAAUUGAGGAAUGGCAUUGUAUUACAUAUUUUUGCAAAUCUCUUUAAUGUCUGACUGGAAAACUGCUAUGUUUUCUUUCAUAUUGGCUUUUGCAUUCAAUCCAUUGUGAAAGGUCAUUUUGGUAGAAGUUUAUGGAGGAUAUCUGGCCUCAUAUAGAUAUGUAGUUAGAAAAAGGAAGAGUAUUUCAAUAAGCAAAUGACAUCUUGGUAUUGUGAAAAGUAUUUUGAUCUCAAGAACCCUUGAAAAGGUCAUGGAACCCCAUAUGGGUCCAUGGAACAUACUUGAGAACUGUCACACUAAGCCAUGAUCAAGACAUUGAGAGCAAAUGAAGGCAUGGAGAUUAAUUGUCAUUUUUCUUCCUCCUUAGCUGAAGCUAACAGUAGUUCAUGAUUAUAUUGCACUUUACAGUUUAUAAAGCACUUUCCUCACAAGGAUUCUAUAAGGUACAUAGUACAAGGACUGUUAUCUCCAUUUUCUAAAUGAGAAAACUGAGGAUCAUAGCUUACAUAUCUGCCAAGGUAAAUCAAUCAGUAAACAUUUGCUAAGUGCUUAUUUAAGAUGUACCAGGCUGUUACGGAUACAGAGACACCCAUAAAAUGCUUUCUGUUCUCAAAUGCAAAGAAAUUUUGGUAGAGGAGGUACUAACAAUUGAGGGAAUCUGGAAAGACCACUCGUAGGAGAAGAUGGUAUUUGGCCCUAGCUUUGAAGAAAGCCAGGAUUCUAAGAGGGGAGGCUAGGUGGUGAAAUGAAAAGAGUGCCACACCUGGAAUCAGAAAGACUCAUCUUCCUGAGUUCAAAUCUGACCUCAGACACUAGCUGUGUGACCCUGGGGAAGUCACUUAAUUCUGUUUGCCUUAGUUUUCUUAUCUGUAAAAUGAAUCACACAAGGAAACGGCAAACCACUCUACUAUUAUUGCCAAGAAAGAAAAAAAAAGGGGGGGGGGUCAUGACUGAAAUGACUAAAUAACAAGAAAACAAAGGAUCUUAAGAGGUAGAGAUGAGGGGGGGGGGUCACAUAACUAAUAAAUGUCACAGCCAGCUUUUAACUUGGUUACUAAGCACUUAGCCAGGAAGUACUUAAUGAAUGGUUGUUGAUUGAUAGAUCCAGUCUCUUUCCAACACAUUCCACCGCUUCCUUUUCCUUCUCCCUAUCCUGUUGGACAACCUCAACAACAACAAAAAAGAUCCAGGUCAAAGCAAAAUCCCAGUAUACCAACCCUCUGCUAAAAGAGGGAGUGGUCUGCUGCCAUUUUUUCAUCUAACUCUCCAUGUACAAAAGGGCAGAAUUUUCCAUGGUCUUUAAACAAAUGCUUGGGUUGCUCUCUAUACCUGACCCCUGGUUUUAAGACUACUAUCUAUUUUUGAAAAAAAAAUCUACAAAAAUCCAUGUGAUGUUCCCCAUUGUCCCCUCCACUUCUCUAUGACGAGUAUUAGGACCCAUGUCCAGCCAUAGUCAGAGUGCAUGUGAAUCAUCUGAAAGGAACUGAAUCAGGUAGAAAGAGCUCCAGCUCAUUUGCUGGUCACAUUGAAGAAUUAUAAAAUGUUAAACCCUAGAAGUGACUUCAAACAUCACCUUAAUCUAGCUCCUUCAUUUUGUGAGGAAAACUCAGAGAGGGUGGAUUUGUUUAAAGUCACAGCUAGCUCAGUACAAAAUGUAAUUAGAGCUCAAUUCUCCUGACUUCUUUCUCCUGAAACUUCUUUUUUAAUCACUAAAUGCUCAUUCAAAACUUGACUGGGUUAUGUGGUACAGGAACACAAUCUCCUUCUGAAUGAGUGCCUGCCGAUACAAAGAAGUAUCCAGCAUGAUCCUAGUCUUUGUAGUAUCAUAGACUUAGAGUUGGAAAAUAUUUGGGUUAGUCGAUCUAAUCUAAAACUUUUAUUUAAGAGAUGAGGACAUCAAGGUCCAAAUAGUGUAAGAGAUUUGUCUGAUGGAUUCACAGGCAGUGAAUGGCAGAGAUAGGGAUCUAAUUCACAUGCUCUGAUCCAGUACUCUUCUUAGGGUGUGGGGAGUGGUUAUCAAUAAUUUGUCAUUCUUACCACAUAGUACUUAGGUAGCAGAAGGAUUCAGGAGUAGUGAAUCCCAUGGGACAGUGAGACUACCAAGCUUUAUAAUAUGAUGCAGUGGCAAAGAAUGCAGGAGUGGGAGAUGAGAGAGCUGGAUUUAAAUCUCAUUACAGCCCAAAGAUCUAACUAAAGCAGAGAGCUGAAAUUUACAGAUUUCAAAUAACAGAGGAUGCUUCUUGUCCCCUUCUGUAAAUUGUACCAUCAGCGAGCUCUUUCUACCUCUAGUUACCCUAGGCACAAAAACUCCUAGAGAGAUCUGAAACUCACUAUCUAUGUGACCAUAGGUAAAUCAUUCUACUUCUCUAAACCUCAGUUUUUUCAUUUGAAAAAUGGGGAUAAUCAUACCAAGAAUACUUAAGAGGUUACUGUGAGGAUAAACUGAGAUAACAUAUAUGUGAAGUGUUUUGCAAAUCUUAAAAGCUUUACAUAAAUGCCAGCUGUUAUUAUUAUUAUUAUCAACAUUAUUACUAAUAAUAAUAUCAUUCUCAAUUUUUUAAAUUUGGUUCAGAUAGAAAGGGUCCUGGAACAAGCCACUAUCCUGCUACUGUAUUUUUAAAUCUAAUGUUUUGUGAAAUCUUGCACAAGUGGAUAAAAUAAAUGUUCUUUGUAAGUGAAUAAAGAUAUUAAAAUGUAAGCUUAUCUUCUGUGGGCUCACUGAAAGUAUCUUUGAGACAAUUCCAGCAGCAGAGAGGAUGAAAGUAAUGAUAUGUAUUCCAUUCCAUCCCCACAUGAAUUUUUUCUCCUCUGCUGCAUUUCUAAAUUUUGAAAGCAUGUUGUUUUAUGUAGAUUGAGAUUAUGACAUUUAUUUUUUAAAUUGAUCUUAAGUUUUUAUAGAUCACUGUUAUGACAUGUGACUGUGGGAAACAGUUUGGUCUAUGAAAAUGGUAUGCUCCAAUAGUUUAUUGACUUAGAUGGUCAAGAUUUUGGUGGGGGGGGGAGGAAUUGGGGAGUAGAGGGUCCUGAAUUUGUAGUAUGAGGAUUUGUCAUCUAUCAAGCCACAAAAGACUGAGCAAGCUUCUGAUGCAUAAUUCUAGUCACCAGGUCAAGCCUUGCUAAGUAUUCAGUAGGUGCUACAUUUUUACAGUCUAUAUAGUAUGUGUGUCAUAGUUCCUAUGCCAUUUCCUUGUAUCAUUUACACUAAUCACUAAAUCUGAGCUUCUGUAGAAUAACCAUUAUGUAAUUUCUGGUGGCAAUGUUCUUUUUCUGAAUUGCUGUCUUAAACUCCACCAUCACCCCACCCCACCCCCAAAUUUACAUGACAGCCAUUUGUUUAAUGCUUCCUUAGUGCCAUUAUUGACCAAAUUGAAACAAAUGUCAUCUAUGAAGCCCUUUUUUAUUCUAUUUCAAAUAUCAGCUGUUUAAUAGAGUCCAUCUGAUGAUAAAUCACUUUAAGUUACAUUCAACAGAUCCAAAAACAUUUGCCUGUUAUCAGCCUUUACUCAGCCAAGUGAUGUCUGCUUGUUCCAAAAGUAUUUCUGUAGGUUUUUGACCUGUAAAUUAUGUGCUCUAAAAAUAUCUAUCAACAAAAGGCAGUAUAAGUGUUACAAUACUUUCAUGUGGUUUGUUCAAUAAUUACCAAAUCACUAAUAAGUUUCUUUUGCAAUCCUAGGACUUUUGGCAUACAUUUUUGCUCAGUCAAUAUGUUGUAUUUUUAUGUGCUUAUAAUUUUUUCAUGAUACUGUAAAUGCUUUUUAUAAAGUACUAAAAUGUGUAAUUCACUUAUAUUUGAGAGAGUCAUUGGUGUUCUCAUCUUCUGGUAAUAGAUAUAUGAUGCUUUCUGUUAAGCUGGUAAAGUGCCUUGCUAAUAAUUCAUGCUCUACUAUGGAACAUCUGAGCCAAUAAUUAUGGAUCUUAUUGAUGAUAAUGAUGGAUUACGAUGACAAUGAUGAUGUUUUCACCUUUAUGUUCGAUGAAGUACAGAUAGAAACAGUCCUAGAACUAGUCAUAUUAUAUUAUUACUAUUGUGCUUUUAUGUUCAGUGUUCAGCCUACUAUUGUGCAAGUAGAUAAAAUGAUCGAUUUUUUUUGUAAUUGAAUUAAAGUGUUGAGAUGCAAAUUAA